AAACACCCAGAGACAUUUGAGCCUCCAACUAGGAAACUAGCAGAAGCUCUACCACUGCCCACAGCAAAGAUUCAAAAUUGGGGUAUGUCGAAACCUUCACUGAAUUCAUAUAUUUACUUUUCCGGUUCACCCUACGUUACGCAGAAGUUGAGAUUCCUUCGCUCAGCUGAGAAAAGUGCAUUUUCUUUCUCUGUGCCAACACUGCUGGAUCCGAGGCUCCAGGAGGAACUGUUGGCAAAGCAGGCGUUUUGGGACCGCGCCUGUGAUUGCUCUGUGGCGCCGACUUCCUCUCUCUGUUACAUCCAUAUACAAAUGCAAGCUUAUUUAUUUAUUUUAAUUCUCCCUCUCUUGCUAGCAACCUGUGGACUUGGCAUCUGACUGGUGCGGCAAGGAAGGAGGCUGGUAGGCAAGCGCUACUGUGCCCAACCCGGGGGUGCCUCUUCGCAGUCUUCAGGAGCAAGUCCCCCAUUCCAGCUCCUCUGGCAGGGUAUGGAGUUACCUGCGUCCGGGGCAGAAAACCAUGAAUGUGCCCUUCUGCCCCCUUGCCUUUCUGCCACUCUUUGAGUUCCUGUCCUUAAUUGAAGAGCCAGUGACUAUUGGCUGAAGUUCCCCCCAGCGAUUUGCAUGAACCGAGAGGGAGUGUCUUCUGCCGCCCUCCCUUCAAGAGCGCUCUGACUGCAGCCUCCCAGGGAAUGCGCGGCCGAGCGAAUGCGCGCAGCUCACGGGCCCUGGGAGUGAGCUGGUGCCCGGCAACCUGGCACCCGCGCCUGGAUAUGGGGCGUCUACAUCGUCCCAGGAGCAGCACCAGCCACAGGAACCUGCCGCAUCUGUUUCUGUUUUUCCUCUUCGUGGGACCCUUCAGCUGCCUCGCGAGUUACAGCCGGGCUACCGAGCUUCUGUACAGCCUAAACGAGGGACUGCCCGCGGGGGUGCUCAUCGGCAGCCUGGCCGAGGACCUGCGGCUGCUGCCCCGGUCUGCAGGGAGGCCGGACCCGCAGUCGCAGCUGCCAGAGCGCACCGGUGCUGAGUGGAACCCCCCUCUCUCCUUCAGCCUGGCCUCCCGGGGACUGAGUGGCCAGUACGUGACCCUAGACAACCGCUCUGGGGAGCUGCACACUUCAGCUCAGGAGAUCGACAGGGAGGCCCUGUGUGUUGAAGGGGGCGGAGGGACUGCGUGGGGCGGCAGCGUUUCCAUCUCCUCCUCUCCUUCUUCUGACUCUUGUCUUUUGCUGCUGGAUGUGCUUGUCCUGCCUCAGGAAUACUUCAGGUUUGUGAAGGUGAAGAUCGCCAUCAGAGACAUCAAUGACAACGCCCCGCAGUUCCCUGUUUCCCAGAUCUCGGUGUGGGUCCCGGAAAAUGCACCUGUAAACACCCGAUUGGCCAUAGAGCAUCCUGCUGUGGACCCAGAUGUAGGCAUUAAUGGGGUGCAGACCUAUCGCUUACUGGACUACCAUGGUAUGUUCACCCUGGACGUGGAGGAGAAUGAGAAUGGGGAGCGCACCCCCUACCUAAUUGUCAUGGGUGCUUUGGACAGGGAAACCCAGGACCAGUAUGUGAGCAUCAUCAUAGCUGAGGAUGGUGGGUCUCCACCACUUUUGGGCAGUGCCACUCUCACCAUUGGCAUAAGUGACAUUAAUGACAAUUGCCCUCUCUUCACAGACUCACAAAUCAAUGUCACUGUGUAUGGGAAUGCUACAGUGGGCACCCCAAUUGCAGCUGUCCAGGCUGUGGAUAAAGACUUGGGGACCAAUGCUCAAAUUACUUAUUCUUACAGUCAGAAAGUUCCACAAGCAUCUAAGGAUUUAUUUCACCUGGAUGAAAACACUGGCGUCAUUAAACUUUUCAGUAAGAUUGGAGGAAGUGUUCUGCAGUCCCACAAGCUCACCAUCCUUGCUAAUGGACCAGGCUGCAUCCCUGCUGUAAUCACUGCUCUUGUGUCCAUUAUCAAAGUUAUUUUCAGACCCCCUGAAAUUGUCCCUCGUUACAUAGCAAAUGAGAUAGAUGGUGUUGUUUAUCUGAAAGAACUGGAACCCGUUAACACUCCCAUUGCGUUUUUCACCAUAAGAGAUCCAGAAGGUAAAUACAAGGUUAACUGCUACCUGGAUGGUGAAGGGCCGUUUAGGUUAUCACCUUACAAACCAUACAAUAAUGAAUAUUUACUAGAGACCACAAAACCUAUGGACUAUGAGCUACAGCAGUUCUAUGAAGUAGCUGUGGUGGCUUGGAACUCUGAGGGAUUUCAUGCCAAAAGAGUCAUUAAAGUGCAACUUUUAGAUGACAAUGAUAAUACUCCAAUUUUCCUUCAACCCUUAAUAGAACUAACCAUCGAAGAAAACAACUCACCCAAUGCCUUUUUGACUAAGCUGUAUGCUACAGAUGCCGACAGUGGGGAGAGAGGCCAAGUUUCAUAUUUUCUGGGACCCGAUGCUCCAUCAUAUUUUUCCUUAGACAGUGUCACAGGAAUUCUGACAGUUUCUACUCAGCUGGACCGAGAAGAGAAAGAAAAGUACAGAUACACUGUCAGAGCUGUUGACUGUGGGAAGCCACCCAGAGAAUCAGUAGCCACUGUGGCCCUCACAGUGUUGGAUAAAAAUGACAACAGUCCUCGGUUUAUCAACAAGGACUUCAGCUUUUUUGUGCCUGAAAACUUUCCAGGCUAUGGUGAGAUUGGAGUAAUUAGUGUAACAGAUGCUGAUGCUGGACAAAAUGGAUGGGUCGCCCUUUCUGUGGUGAACCAGAGUGAUAUUUUUGUCAUAGAUACAGGAAAGGGUAUGCUGAGGGCUAAAGUCUCUUUGGACAGAGAGCAGCAAAGCUCCUAUACUUUGUGGGUUGAAGCUAUUGAUGGGGGUGAGCCUGCCCUCUCCUCUACAGCAAAAAUCACAAUUCUCCUUCUAGAUAUCAAUGACAACCCUCCUCUUGUUUUAUUUCCUCAGUCUAAUAUGUCUUAUCUGUUAGUACUGCCUUCUACUCUCCCAGGCUCCCCGGUUACAGAAGUCUAUGCUGUCGACAAAGACGCAGGCAUGAAUGCUGUCAUAGCUUACAGCAUCAUAGGGAGAAGAGGUCCUAGGCCUGAGUCCUUCAGGAUUGACCCUAAAACUGGCAACAUUACUUUGGAAGAGGCAUUGCUGCAGACAGAUUAUGGGCUCCAUCGCUUACUGGUGAAAGUGAGUGAUCAUGGUUAUCCCGAGCCUCUCCACUCCACGGUCAUGGUGAACCUAUUUGUCAAUGACACUGUCAGUAAUGAGAGUUACAUUGAGAGUCUUUUAAGAAAAGAACCAGAGAUUAAUAUAGAGGAGAAAGAACCACAAAUCUCAAUAGAACCGACUCAUAGGAAGGUAGAAUCUGUGUCUUGUAUGCCCACCUUAGUAGCUCUGUCUGUAAUAAGCUUGGGUUCCAUCACACUGGUCACAGGGAUGGGCAUAUACAUCUGUUUAAGGAAAGGGGAAAAGCAUCCCAGGGAAGAUGAAAAUUUGGAAGUACAGAUUCCACUGAAAGGAAAAAUUGACUUGCAUAUGCGAGAGAGAAAACCAAUGGAUAUUUCUAAUAUUUGAUAUUUCAUGGUGGAAUAACACAGAGAAAUGUUUUAACUGAUUUUGGAUCUUCAUCACCUAAAAAAAGAGUGUGCUGAUGGCAGUUCCAAUGAAGGACGACUAAUUUAUAACUUGUUCUAUAUUGUAAAUAGCUGUUUACAGGUUUUUAAAUUUAAAUUCAGAGGUUAUAAAAUGUGUACAGCAUUUUUAAGUGAAAAUUAGUACUAACAGCUAUAGGACUUGUAUUUAAAAAAAAAAAAAAAAAAAAAGAGCUUGGACAUGGUUUGCAGCUUUCAUACACCAAGCAGAUGAUUGAUAAAACCUGGGAGUAAGGUAAGAAAAUGGAACAAAUUUUUAUCUAAAAAUUCCUGUCACCACAAGAGGGCAUCAGCUGCUCCUUUGCAGGGAACUGAGGUAUUGUACUUGACAGUUGUACAUGAAAUUAAUGAAAGAGUAUAUUUUAAAUAUAUUGUUUUUAACAUUAAACGAAUAUGAAAUUAAAGUAAAUUAAAUUUCGCCCUAUUUAAACAUAUGAUAAAAAAGAAAUGCACUUGUAAACAGAAUGUUUAUUACCUCAUAAGUGCAUAUAUAGUUUGAAAGAGAAGGCGUUAAAAAGAAGUGCAAUUCCUUUUUAGCGAGGAUAAAAACAUUGCCUUGUGUUACAGAUUCGACCUGCUGAAGGGUAUUCCACUUUCUGUGUACUCGAAUUGCUUUCUGUUUGCUUUACCACUGCACUUGCUAUUAUUACAAGGGAAAUAGAUAUAUACAUAUAUAUAUAUAUAUAUUCUUCGUUACAGAAAAUGUAACUAGAUAUUGUGCCCAAGAAAAACAGCCAGAAGCAAAGAAAUGCUUCAAUCUUUAGUUGCUUCAUAGGCAUUCAUGACAUUUUAGUGCUUUUACAACUUGUUGGUUGUACUUUAUACUUGGGUUAUAUAUUAGACUUUUAUAGGCUUAAAAUCAUCCAUCACAUAAGAAAACAGAAAUCAUAUUAAAAGUGAAUUCUUCUAGAGGCUUGUGUACACUACUGGUUGUUUUAGUUGGGCCUUUUAUAUGAAAGUUAUACUGUACUUAUCUUUUUGUUGUUGUUUAGGUUUGUUGGCUACCAUUUCUGGCUUCCUUUCUUUGGUUUUGGAUUAAAUCCAACAGUUUAUUUGUAAGCGCUGCAGCAGAUUUCUUUGAUAAUUUAGCUUUUACUGAAUCUCUUGCAAUGAAGAAAGAUAUUUCAUCAGUGAUUUCUCACUUUCAAUUCAUUAUGUGAGCUGGAAAUAUUAUUUUACAUGAGAGCUAUAGCAAAAUAAUCUGUAUAAACAAGGAAUGUGUUAGCUUAAACUGGAUCAUUUUACUUUUUGGCAUCAUGCAUCUGUACUGUAUGAAAAGUGUUUAUAUGUCUGCAAAUUAAAGGUAUAUAUUUUCAUAAUUUCUUUCUCACUUUUAGCAUUUUAUAUUUGAACAUGGGCUUGUUAUUUCACUGAAGUGCCUGUCAUUUGUUUGUUUUUAGGGUUAAAUGUGGGUAAACUGUAGUAUUCUGCUAUACUAAAGUUUAUAUUAAACGAAUUCAUUACUCAAUUAAACAUUGGGUAAAUUAUUAAAUGUGUGUGUAGUUAUAGACAUAUAUAUAGUAGAAAAAGAGUAUGCCUGAAUGUUUGAUGUAAGUUCAUAAGAAAAUUUGCACCCAUGUAUGUGCACAUGCAUAUUAAUUUAUUACAGACUUAAUAUCAUUAUAAAUUUUCAUUUUACCACAGAUUUAUAACAAAUCCUCUGUUAGCUGUGUUGCAACAGCUUGCAAUAAUUUUUAAAACAAAAAUACUCUACAAAAAAGACAUUGAAUGCAAACAGCCAAGUUCUUUUAGAUUUGUAUUAAUUAACUCAUGUAUCUUAUUUUUCUUCAAUUUGAGAAUUUCAAUAAAUAAAAUAAUAAGUAUAUGAGGCAGCAAUGUUUGUUACAAAAAGUAAAUAUAUUUUUAUUGGAAAUUCUUUUUGUAUGAGAGGCAUCUGAGCUAAGAGACUAAGAUCAUUUAACCCCCAAAACUUUUCAUUUAUAACUGAUAUGUAGCAAUGGAGGAUACACCUCUUACUAGUCAUAUUUUAUUUCUUAUUUCUCUUUUUUAAAGAAAGGAACUUCAUGAGAUAAAGUAACACUAUUUAUUUUUAAGAAUCCUCCAUAAGUGCAAUAAUUUUACCAUCCGUAUAAAUAGCACAAUUUUCGAUUCAUUUCCAAAUUUGAAGAAGGUUCAUGUAUU